UAUAAACACAUACUGAAACAAUUAGAAAACUGUUCGAUCUAGUUUAGAUAAAAAAUAAUAGAAAGAUAUAAUAAAUCAAAAAAAAAAUAAUAAUAAAAGAUAAAAUAUGGAGAAGACAAACAAAUUAAUCAGGUUGGUUCUUAAUGCAUUUCUGGCGCUAAACAUAUUUAUGGUUAUGUCAGUCAACUCAAUGCCUUUUCACGAUAACGAAGACACUGAUGACAAAAUUAGUAGCGAUAUUAAUAUAUUAAAAAAUGAAUCUCAAAGCAGUCAGAUUAACGAUUACAACAAAUACCAAAAAAUUUCGACAAUCAAAGGUAGACUCCAGUAUUAUCCUUUCUAUAAUCAAAACCCAAAAGUUGGACGUGAUGUUUCUUUUCAUUCUGCUCAAGAUGCAUCCGACAAGGGUCGAAUGAAGAAAUUAACGUAUAUUUACAAUAAAAACGAAUACCGAAAAGAUAAACCUUUAUAUUUAUUUAAAGGAUACAAACCUGGCGAUCAAACACAAAUGCACUUUUAAUUUUAUUUAUAGUUUGAUAACCGUACACUAUAUUUAUUUACGCUAUAAAAUGUAAUGAAAAUUAAAAAAAAUAAUGCUAUUUGUAUGAUUUAAUGAGUUUUGAUUUAAUAAAAUCAAAUUUGUUUUA